AUGAAUAAUUGGCUGGAUUAUGCAAAUAUUUUCGAGUCCUUAGUCAACAAGAAUGAGUACUUAGAUAAUAUUAGGCGUUUUCAUUAUUUGAGAAGUUCUCUACAAGGCGGCGCUGCUCAAAUCAUACGAACUUUGGAAUUCACUGCGGAAAAUUACGAGAUUGCGUGGAAAUUAGUUAGGGAGAGGUACGAUAAUAAUAGAUUAUUAAUAUCCAAUCACGUCAAUGCGUUAUUUAAUAUAGAACCGAUAAAUAAAGAGUCAUCUGGUAGAUUGCGGCAACUAGUAGACAUUUUUUCAAAACAUUUAUACGCAUUAAAGCAACUAGGCUUACCUACAGAAUAUUGGGACGUUCUCCUCAAUCAUAUUAUUUCGAGCACAUUUGACACAUAUACUUUACGCGCGUGGGAGAACAGCAAGACGACCAACGAAAUACCUAGUUUCGACGAUUUUAAGACGUUUUUAAAAUCAAGGGCGGACCUCUUGGAAUCAAUUGAGGCAAAUCAAGCGGAAAAACAGAAUACGCGAAAUAAUUCCCAAGCGGGCGCAUAUCCGCGGAAUACAAAAAAUUCGCAGAAUACUCGCGGUCUAUACUCAUCGCAAGACACUCCAAACAAUACAGAUAGUGCGAGAUGUUGCCCUAUGUGCAAGGGGGAACAUGCUAUCUAUCAAUGCGGCGAAUUUUUAAGGCUUUCAUCGAAGGAAAGAUUCGAUAAAGUACGAAAGAUGAACCUUUGCACGAACUGCCUUAAGGGGGGACACUACUACAGGAGGUGUAAACAAUCAACGUGCAAGAGGUGUUCUUCUAAACAUCACACGUAUUUGCACCCCGAUAGGUCAAGCGAGCGAAACACACCUUCAAUGCGACAACCUGUAGUAAACGCGAGCGAAAAUCAAGCGGUAGAUGACCUACAAGGCACUCUAAAUACUACCAAUUUGACAGCUUCUGCUGUUAGCAGCAAGGCCAGCCCUGAACAAAGCAUAUUAUCUACAGUAUUGGUCAAUAUUGUCGAUGGCCAGGGCAACUCAUACGCGGUGCGAGCGCUACUAGACUGCGGCUCACAGAGUUCAUUUAUCACGGAGAAUUUAUGCGAUCGACUUCGAAUUAAACGAAGCAGAGUGGACAUCUCUGUCUUAGGGAUAAACAACGCGUCAUCUCCUGUUCGUUUCAGUCAAGUUCAUGAUCCGGCUCGAAGGACCAUGAACUUGACUGAAGUCAACGCGAUAAAUAACUUCGAUAAGAUGCUGGUUAAAUGA